AUGGAGGAACAUGAAGAUGUUCAAUACUGUUUUCAAGACAGAAACUCUUCUUGCAGAAAGGCUUUGCUAUCGACAUCUAUCUACAUAACACUGUACAUCUUCUUCUCGUUGAUUUCAGCAGUUACAGUAUUUUUGAACCUACUGGUGAUCAUCUCCAUCUCUCACUUCAAACAGCUCCACACUCCAACCAACCUGCUCAUCCUCUCUCUGGCUGUGUCAGAUCUCCUGGUGGGACUGAUUGUGAUACCAGUAACGACUGUAGCAAUAAUGGAACCAUGCUGGGGAUUUGGGGAAUAUUUCUGUGUGUUUCAAUUCUACAUUACUUAUUUAUGUACUUUUUUAUCUCUGGGCAAUUUGGUCUUGAUAUCUAUUGACCGCUAUGUUGCUGUGUGUGAUCCCUUACUGUACCACUCUAAAAUAACAACAACAAGAAUGACGUGUUGUAUAUCCAUUACCUGGUGUUGUUGUAUCAUAUACCGUGCUGCUAUUAUAAAAAACUUUGUAAAUGUACAGGUACCCAGUAGGUGUUUAACAGAAUGUGUUAUUUUAGAACGUUUAAAUUGGGUUACGUUAAUUGACAUUGCAAUUACAAUGGUUGUCCCGUGCUCUAUUAUUAUAACACUUUAUAUGAAAAUCUUUGUGGUGGCCAGAUCACAGGCCAGAAAGGUAUUUUCAAAAGAGGCUGCUAGUGUGUCUGGUGUUAAAACUGUACAGGCAAAUAAGUCUGAGAGAAAAGCAACAAAGACUCUGUCUAUUGUUGUUUUCAACUAUUUCAUUUGUUGGAUUCCAUUUCUUUUUGUUUUCUUUCUUUCUUUUUUAAUUGAAGAUUUUUUAUUGUUUAUCAUCAGCUUUUUGCCACUUGUUAACUCCUUAAUUAAUCCAAUCAUUUAUGCCUUAUUUUAUCCAUGGUUCAAAAUUACAUUUAAACAUUUUAACAUUUUAACUCUGAAGUUAAGAUUUUCAUAG